AUGGCCGGGAGGGCCCUUUCGGCGAGGCUCGGUCGUGCGAACGGGUGUCAUACGCAUGUCGUGUGCGAUCGUGCCUCGGUAUUGCGCUUUCUCGGUUUAUUUUGGUUUUGUACUAAGUUUCAAAACAUUUUGUUUGCAGUUAACGUGAAAUGGGGAAAAGAGAAAUUUGAUGGUGUGGAGCUUAACACUGACGAACCUCCAAUGGUCUUCAAAGCCCAGUUGUUUGCACUGACUGGAGUUCAGCCAGCUAGACAGAAGGUUAUGGUCAAAGGAGGAACUCUGAAGGAUGAUGACUGGGGGAACAUAAAAAUAAAGAAUGGGAUGACCUUAUUAAUGAUGGGUUCCGCAGAUGCGCUUCCAGAAGAGCCAGUUGCUCGACCCGUCUUUGUAGAAGACAUGACAGAGGAGCAGUUGGCUUCAGCUAUGGAAUUACCGUGUGGAUUGACAAACCUUGGCAACACUUGCUACAUGAAUGCUACAGUUCAGUGUAUCCGCUCGGUGCCAGAAGUGAAAGAGGCCCUUAAAAGGUAUGGUGGUGCCUUAAGAGCUUCAGGAGAAAUGGCCUCUGCUCAAUACAUUACUGCAGCUCUUAGAGACUUGUUUGAUUCCAUGGAUAAAACUUCCUCCAGUAUCCCACCUAUCAUUCUCCUGCAGUUUUUACAUAUGGCCUUCCCACAGUUUGCAGAGAAAGGCGAUCAAGGCCAGUACCUUCAACAGGAUGCCAAUGAGUGCUGGGUGCAGAUGAUGAGAGUACUACAGCAGAAGCUGGAAGGCAUAGAAGGUGAUGCAGUUAUGGAGACAGACUCUGGAGCUACAGCAGCAUCUUCUAAAAAGAAGAGUCUAAUUGAUCAGUUCUUCAGUAUUGAAUUUGAAACAGCCAUGAAAUGUACAGAAGCUGAAGAAGAGGAAGUAACUAAAGGAAAGGAAAAUCUGCUUCAGCUUAGCUGCUUUAUCAAUCAAGAAGUGAAAUAUCUGUUUACAGGACUAAAAUUGCGUCUUCAAGAGGAAAUCACCAAACUCUCUCCAACACUGCAGAGAAAUGCACUCUAUAUUAAAUCUUCUAAAAUUAGUCGCUUGCCAGCGUACCUGACUAUUCAGAUGGUUAGAUUUUUUUACAAAGAGAAAGAAUCUGUGAAUGCCAAAGUUCUUAAGGAUGUUAAAUUUCCUCUUAUGUUGGAUGUCUAUGAGCUGUGUACUCCAGAUCUUCAGGAAAAAAUGGUUUCUUAUCGAUCAAAAUUCAAAGAUCUAGAAGACAAAAAAGUAAAUCAGCAGCCAAAGAAUUCCAGUAAAAGUGAUGGUGCACAGAAAGAAGUUAAAUAUGAACCAUUUUCUUUUCCUGAUGAUAUUGGUUCUAAUAAUUGCGGCUAUUAUGACCUGCAGGCAGUGCUAACACAUCAAGGCAGAUCAAGUUCCUCUGGGCAUUACGUGUCUUGGGUUAAAAGGAAACAAGAUGAAUGGAUCAAAUUUGAUGAUGACAAAGUCAGCAUUGUUACACCUGAAGAUAUUUUGAGGUUAUCGGGGGGUGGAGACUGGCAUAUAGCUUAUGUUCUACUCUACGGGCCGCGCAGAAUCGAAGUACUUGAAGAUGAAGCUGAACAGUAGUCUUCAGUUUUAGUCAUUCUGCCUAGGUGUGAAAUAAAUGUUGAUUACUGAUCACUUCUUUAACCC